AAGGUGCCAGUUUCAGCCGAUUUAUUCUGUAGGCAAGAGAUCAAUCAGGUAGCCAAGAUGUUGCUCAUGCACCUGUGCACGCUUGUGUUUCAGAUCUUAACUCUGCCGCUGCAGAUCGCGGAGCUGGUGGGUCUCUAUUCAUUGUACAAGCGCGUAUUUCCGUUUUUAGUUUACAAAAUCACUUUCAAUUACAACAGGAUAAUGAAUGAACACAAACGGGAACUCUUUCGGGCUUUGGACAAAUUUCGACCAUCGAAUGGCACUCUGAGGAUUCUGGAGAUUGGCUGUGGCACUGGAGCCAACUUUGAGCAUUAUCCAACUGGCUGCAAGGUGAUAUGCACAGACCCGAACCCUCAUUUUGAGAAUUACCUACAGAAGAACAUGGUGAAAAACGACCACCUAGUGUACGACAAGUUUGUAGUCGCGACCGGGGAGGACUUGCACGCAGUACCUGACGAUUCUGUUGAUGUGGCGGUGGUCACUCUCGUGCUCUGCUCUGUCCGCGACACUGGGCGCGUGCUUAAAGAGGCCAAGCGUGUACUUCGACCUGGUGGUGCCUUUUUCUUCAUGGAGCAUGUGGCCGCCGACCGCUCCAGCUGGACCUACUUCGGCCAGCACGUUCUGCAGCCUCUGUGGUACUACUUUGGUGAUGGCUGUGAAACGACUCGUCCAACAUGGGAGCACAUCGAAAAUGCGGGAUUCAGCCAGGUGAACCUGCGGCACAUCCAAGCACCGAUCACCUUCGUCAUCAAGCCACACAUUGUGGGCUAUGCUGUUAAAUAAAAUCACACACACACACACACACACACACCUGCACAAUCACAGUGUUUGUAACUCAACUUGACUACAGGUGUAUUUAGCUUAGUCGUACCUGCUAGCAAAUCUCAUCAGAAAGCUUGUUCAGUUGUAUUACGCUCCUGUACUGCAACAUCUCUCUGUCACUUUUUUAUAACCACAUUUGAAAGGGUAGUCCUUGAUAAUGAUACAGUUAACAUUUUUGUAAACUUCAACUAACAUGUCCGUCCAGUCAGUGUGUGCACUAAAUAGAUCCAGUAUUUGUGCAGAAGAGGCAAACAGUGCAAUAUGGCAGCCAAUCAACAAUGAGGGGUCCAUUAUAGACCUCUGAAGUUCGCCUACAAAAAUGCCACCAUCUUUGCCCAAAUAAGGAGAUCCGGUAUCUUGAGAUUUUUUUUUUUUUAUGGGAAAAUAACGCACCUGUUAAACUCUCACGGGGAGGAAGACAUUGGAAAUGCAGACGUUUCGCACUACAAAGUUUUGUCCUCUGCCUUCAAGUGCAUACUGUGAUCUUUGGUAGGUGAAAAUGGCAGCUUUGUAUCCUAGUUGUAGGCGAACUUCAGAGGUCUAUACACGACAACUAGCACCAUCUACUGACAGACUUUUAAUUCCAUACAAACGGUGUUUUUUAAACAAGUUGGUCAAGUUCAAACUCAUUCAAAAGACUGAUGGGAAAGGAAGACUUUUCACACUUUAAGCCGAAGAUAUUGUGAUAUUUUUUAUGGGCAAAGAUGGCCGCUUUGGAUCCUAUUUGUAGGCGAACUUCAGAGGUCUGGUCAUGGUCCAACAUGGCAGCCAGUCAGCAAUGAGGGGUCCAUUAUUAAGGUUAUGGUCCAACACUGGAGUUGAGUUGAGUUCAAGUACUAACAAUGUUUUGCCAGCAUCAAGUACUAAAUCAGAUAAGAUAAUCUUUGUAAUCUUGUGUAAACAUCAUCUUUGUACAGUAGAGCAAUGUGUGGAUUGGAUUUUUUUUAAAUGAGAUUUUGUUUGCUGCCUAGUUUUAGUGUUUGUUUGACGUGUUGAGCAAUAAAGUGUAUUUUUGAGAGUG